ACCAUCAUGUCCGCCUUCCUCCAAACAGUGCAGAAGAAGUUCAACGAAGCAAAGGAGAGUAAAGAUUUAGUCUCGUUUGACACAACUCAAGUAGAAAAGGAGAGCAAUGGCAUGAACUUCACCAUUAGUUUAGUUCCUGCCCUCAAUGAAAAGCCCAAGAAAGAAGAAGGUGCUGAGAAAACAGACCCAUUCUUAAACCCCAAUCCUGCGUUGGUUAUCAAGGAGCUCGAUGAUCACAUUGUUCUCUUAAACAAAUUUGCUGUUAUUCCCAACCAUUUGCUUGUAGUCACAAAAGAGUUCAAAGAACAAAGUGAACCACCUAUGCCCAACGAUUUAUACGAGUCAUUUAAAGUGUUGAAAGAUUUAGGUUCUUCUCAACCCAACCUUGCAUUUUUCAACUGUGGUGAACAAUCAGGUGCAAGUCAAGCACAUAAGCAUGUGCAAGUAAUUUCUUUGAAGAAUGACAGUGGGCCUCAACCACCCAUCAAGAAAUUGUAUGAUGAAAUCCACGACCGUCACAUUGGCCAAAUCUACGCUAUCAACAAACUCCCAUUUGUUCAUGUUAUUAUGGCGCUUGAUGGAAACAUUAUCCGUGCAGCCACCGAUAAGGAAGAUUUGACAGACUAUUUAGCACAAAUGUUUUUCGGUAUUUUGGAUGCCAUGUUCCAACAGUUACGUGAAAACGAAACACCCAGAACAACGUCUUACAACUUUUUGAUGACAGACGAAUUUAUGAUGUUGAUUCCCCGUAGCAAAGAUACAGCUACUGUUGAAUAUGAUGGUAAGAAGUUUGACUUCUCCAUCAACUCGCUUGCUUACGCUGGUUUGCUGUUGUGUAAAACACAAGAAGAGCUUGAAGUCCUUCAAGCCCAAGAUAAUUUAAUGGAAUUGCUUACUCAAACUGCAGUGGCCUGGAACCCCAAGGCUGCUCAAUUAGAGGCCGAUAGAAAAGCAGCCGAAGAUGCCGGUUUGGCAUAGUUUUGUUUGUUUUCUAAAUUUUAGUAUGUGUCUAUGCACAUUUAAUAAACGAGUGCUUUUUUUUUUCAAA